CAAAAGCAGAGUUUGGCAGUGGAGGAAGGAAGAUUGAAAAGGCUAUUCUUGAGAUUUCAAUCUCCGAGGCGAAGCUUUAGAGAGACAUCCAUGGACGACGAUUUGCUUCUCAAGAACUUCUUCGCCGAAGUUAGUGAAGUUGAGCGGGACAACCAAGUCCUCAGGAUCCUCUCCUGCUUCAAGUUAAAUCCUUUUGAGUAUCUUAACUUACCCUUUGAUGCAUCCCCAGAAGAUGUUAAAAGGCAGUAUCGUAAGUUAUCCUUAAUGGUUCACCCUGAUAAAUGCAAGCAUCCACAGGCUAAGGAGGCAUUUGGAGCAUUGGCAAAAGCCCAACAACUAUUACUUGAUCAACAGGAAAGGGAUUAUAUCAUUAGCCAAGUAAAUGCCGCCAAAGAAGAACUUAGAGCUAAAAGGAAGAAGCAGUUGAAGAAAGAUACAGCUUCUAAAAUAAAAUCAUUGGUUGAUGAGGGAAAAUACGAGCACCAGUAUGAACAGUCAGAAGAGUUCCAGCAAGAACUCAAAAUGAAGGUUCGAGAUAUAUUAACAGAACAAGAAUGGCGAAGGAGAAAAAUGCAAAUGAGGAUUUCAGAAGAGGAAGGUAGAUUGAAAAAAGAUGAAGAAGAAACCAAAGAGAUGUGGAAAAGGAAACGGGAGCAUGAGGAACAAUGGGAAGGAACAAGAGAACAGAGGGUUUCAAGCUGGAGGGAUUUUAUGAAGGGUGGAAAGAAGGCCAAAAAGGGAGAAAUUCGACCUCCUAAGCUCAAGACUGAAGACCCUAACAAAUCUUACGUUCAAAGGCCAGUCAAACGAGGUUGAUUUUGUUUUGGCCUGAGUGUCGUUGUAGGUUGCUGCAUUGGUUAAAGAAGCAGAUAUUCGAAAGCCUGGUAUGUGGAAGAUUAGUAUGAAUCUUUGACUUACAUGUAAACAGGAGUAUUGUUGUGUCCAUGGGAGAUAUGAUUAAUAUAUUGUUCUAAUA